UUUGUUUCGUUUUCUAUUUCAUUGUUUUGUGUUUCGUUUUCUAUUUCAUUGAUUUGUGUUUCAUCGAUUUUGAUUUUGAGUCUGCCUGCAUGUUUUGCCUAUGAGAACACAUAUCUAUAUGCUUUGCCUGAACAUGCACUUCUAUAUGGGUUGCAUUUAUACGUUUCUGAGUUUGGUUGCAAUGUUUAGUUAGAGUUUACUUGGAUUUUGGUUUGACGGGGUUGGAGGAGACUACUAAAUUUGGUGAAGUUGCUCGUGGAUUUGUCUUGGUGGGUUUGAGGUUGAGCUAGGUGGUGAGCAGCAUGUGUUUGUGAAUAUGCACGAAAGAGAAAGGGAGAAAUAAUUGAUAGAUUGGUGGUGUGAUAUUGUCUAUUCUGGUUUAGGAGAAUGUGUGUGAGAUUAUGAUAUAAUUAGAAAGAGAGGUUUGACCCAUAACCCACAUUCAAACACUUGUACCUAGUUCCAAUAUCUGUAUGUGUUCAACAAUAGCAUCUGAUAGGUUUGAUGGUUUCUGCUCUCUAAGUUCCAGCAAUUUCUUUGUAGCAUAUCUAACAGUUGUAUGAGGUUUGCUUAAUUCUGGAUAACUAUAAAAUUUGUCUACCAAAACAGGCUGGUUUAGAAUAAGAAAGCCAAACUGAGAACACCAUUGAGCAUCUUCAGGGUCAGUCCUCCAAGAAGAGACACACAGAACAAUGGCUUGAUUAAAGAAUUCAACUUAGACAAACAACCCCUCUAUAUCCCAACCACCACCCCACCCAGCCUUCACAAUCAAAUUCCAAACCGGAGGUUAAGGACUAGAGAAUUUCCAUAGGACUUCAAGAAGACAGUGGGCAAUGCUGGGCUUUUCAUAUGGAGAAAUAUUUCUGUUGCUUGGAGCUACUGCUGCUCUGAUAGGGCCAAAGGAUUUACCAAUCAUAUGCAGAACAGCAGGAAGGCUAGCUGGUCGAGCUAUUGGAUAUGUACAAUUGGCUCGUGGUCAGUUUGACACUGUUAUGCAGCAAUCUCAAGCUCGCCAGGUUCAUAAGGAACUGCAAGACACAAUGGCUCAGCUAGAUGCCAUUCGCCAUGAAAUUCGAAGUAUAUCAAUCAUAAAUCCUGGCCCUUUGACGCGGAGGCUUGUGGAUGAUCCUGACCAGACAUCUAUCUCAAAUGAAAGUAGGAAACCAGAAGAAUCUGGACAAGAGAAUAGCUCGAUACCCACUCUUAUGAAGGAUUCAACUUCAAUGUCAUCCAAUUCAUGCCAUAUGCAAAAUCAAGCAACCAUUUAUUCCAGAUUGGUAAACUCCCCUGCCAUAAAAAAUGAGUUGUCAGCAAGUAGAACCGAAGUUGAGAAGAUAGAAGACAAACUACAGCUUACUGUCUUACCAAUUUCUGCUGAAAAUGCUGGACUAUUACCAAUUCGUGGGGCUGAUGUGAAAGGAUCUGACAUAGUUCUUGAAGCAAUUGUGGAGGCAGAGGUCGCUCAUAAUGCAAAGGAAUUCUUUUCACAGCCCCAAAAUCAAAUAUGAUUGAUAUGGUAAUCCUACAUAGUACCUUAAUUUUCUAGAUGUUAAAAUUUGUGGCAUUUGUAAAUACAAAAUAAUAGGUUGUACCUUAUAUUUGUAGGUAUUGAUUCUUGUUUUUUCUUUUCAAGUUCAGGCUAGAAAAUCUGUCGGAGUCUUUGGGUUCAAGAGAUUAUUAAUUUUUUCUGAUUUGAAGUGUUUCCUCACUCAACCUUCCCCACUUUCCCCUCGAUAAUAAAACAAAACCCUCAAGCUAGUCUCCUUAACGAAUAACGAGGUUAUGACAAACUAUUUGUAUAAAGUUUUCUGCUAUCUUCUAUUUGCUGUAUG